GGCCCCACUACAAUAAAAUCGUCGAAGAGAAAUUGCAGGAGCAAGAAGAAGGGCUUGCGUAGAGGCAAAGGGAAAGUCGUUCUCUGCUCUUUUUUACCUUCUCUUCUCAGCAACAGAGACGAGCGAGGAAACAGAAACAUUCAUACAAACACCAUUCAUGCGUGUAUAUACAGUAACCGUCGCUUCCAUCUACCAGAUGGGAAUGUGAUAUAUGCAUCACAUGACACGUCAUCACGCCAACCUCAAACUGAAGAAGAAUCCAACUUCGUUACUCUCACUUGCAAUCUUUCUCGAAGAUCUUUUCAUUCAAGGGCUGAGAUCUUCUCUUCCUGUAUGUGAUUGAAGAGGUGUAGGCUUUGAUUUUGAGAUCUUUUCUUUUGGAGAUGGGGAAUUCGUUCGGAUGCUCGGCGUCAGGGGAGCGUCUGGUUUCAGCGGCGAGGGAUGGAGAUUUGGUCGAAGCUCGGAUGCUUCUAGAAUUCAAUCCUUGCCUCGCACGCUACUCGACCUUCGGCGGCCUCAAUUCCCCUCUCCAUUUUGCCGCCGCCAAAGGUCACAAUGAGAUUGUGUCGCUAUUGCUUGAGAACGGCGCUGAUGUAAAUUCAAGGAAUUACUGUGGUCAGACUGCGUUGAUGCAUGCAUGCCGAUACGGGCACUGGGAAGUAGUGCAGACUCUUCUUCUAUUCAGAAGCAAUGUUACAAGAACAGACUAUCUUAGCGGUAGGACAGCUCUGCAUUUUGCAGCAGUGAAUGGGCAUGUAAGGUGUAUAAGGCUCGUAGUUGCCGACUUUGUCCCAAGUGCUCCCUUCGAAGUGCUUACUUCCGCAAAUAAUGGUGAUAAAGGCAAUGGUUCUUUGCACCAAAGAUAUGAUCAACUUGCUCUCUCCAAGUUUGUAAACAAGGCAGCGGAUGGCGGUAUAACUGCUCUUCAUAUGGCUGCAUUGAAUGGGCACUUUGAUUGUGUACAGUUGCUACUCGAUAUUCAUGCAAAUGUUUCAGCUGUGACCUUCCAUUAUGGCACAUCGAUGGAUUUGAUAGGAGCUGGAAGCACUCCUUUGCAUUACGCUGCAUGCGGAGGAAAUCUCAAGUGUUGCCAGAUUCUUCUUGCAAGAGGUGCAAGUCGGUUGACAUUAAAUUGCAAUGGGUGGCUGCCACUUGAUGUUGCUAGGAUAUGGGGACGCCAUUGGCUUGAACCAUGGCUGCAACCAAAUUCUCAUUCGACCUUGCCCACUUUUCCUCCAUCAAAAUUUCUGUCUUUGCCUCUUAUGAGCAUACUUAAUAUAGCAAGGGAAUGUGGGUUGCAAUCAUUGACGGCCUCCUCCGAUGAUAGUGAUAUUUGUGCUGUUUGCCUUGAGAGAGCUUGUAGUGUCGCUGCUGAAGGUUGUAGCCAUGAACUCUGCGCAAGAUGUGCACUUUAUAUUUGCUCGACCAGCAGCAUCACUACUGAGAUGGUGGGUCCACCUGGGUCAGUUCCAUGCCCCCUCUGUCGACAUGGUAUAAUUUCUUUUGCAAAAUUGCCUGGUUCCCCCGUGAAGGAGCUUGAGCUAAAUCUAGCCCUCGGAUGCACCCCAUGCAUGCUCCACGCCUGCGAUCCAGACCCUCCACCAACAUCUUGUCUAUCUGAGUUCCGCAAAAACCGCAUCGCUUCGGUCUCUCCCGACCUUUUCUGUCCCGUCUCUUGCAGCCCAUUCCCUUCUAUUGCAAUUCCCUCAUGCACCUGCAACGAUGAUCCGUGCCCAUCUCUUGAACCCCCAGAUGGAGAAACACAAGACCAAUCUCCUCGGCGCUCGCAGGGCGUGUUGGGGGAUCGUGAUAAAACGGGAGGUCCAAGAAUUGAGAAGACAAGCUGCUCGAGUAUCUUUUGGAACAGAAGAAGCUGCCACAGAGAGCAUCAGUGCAAUUCAGAAAUAAACACUUGAUUCUCUCGUGCCUGUGAACAAUCAUAUUCGACUAGGGAGAAUUUUGAUGGGAAUCAAAUGGUGGGUUUUAUGCUUAGUUUCUUUGUUGGCUGUCUAGUUCUUGAUAUGAUUGGUUUGUUGGUUGUUUUUGGCUGCCACCUUAGUCAGCCAUUUCCAAGUUGCUGGGUCCCAGACAUUUCAGAUAUGGAAUCCAGGCAGGUUUGAACAUAGAAGCCUUCGCCGCCUUUAGAUUAUUGUAAGGGUUUUGGAGAAGGGUUUGUGAGAUUUUGUAUGCUGAAGUAUAUAUAGACUACUUGUAAUUGAAUGCUCUUAUUGAAAAAAGCAACAGGUUUAGUUUUACU